AUGUUAAUGGUAAACGCACAGCUUCGCAAAGAAGGUUUGGAAGAGUUUGUCGACAAGGGCACCACAACGACCAAGCCCCAAGCGUCGCCCGACAUGUUCCUCCGCACAAGGCUUCCUCUGACGACAACACUGGCACAGAUCAUCCAAGAAUUUGCCGCGCGAGCGACAAAGGCCGGAACUACCACUACAACCAAGCGCCGUGGGCCUCACCCAACGUUGCCGACGAGUUUUGAAGCCGAUUUAGUGGCUUGGAUUUGCGCCAUGCAACAAGAUGGGCACCCCCUCGAACGACAUGCCGUCCUCGUCAAGGCCAAUCUAUUGGCCCGCAAGAUUGACCCGCUCUUGUCGUUGUCCCCAGAUCAGUACACACAGGACACGAAAUUCAAAGACGUGCAUGUGCGUCUGAUGGAAGCUUUUGAGGACUUGACACCCAGCAGCAUCAAGGGCUGUAUUCACAAGGCCGACAGACAACUCUACAAGCUGGCCGAGUACAUAAAGGGGCUACAAGAAGUCGAAGCGAGUGACAAUGAAAGCGUAGAAGGCAGCAGCGAUGGCGGCAGCGUGACAAGUAGUAACGACUCGAAUGGAAAAGAAUCAGAGAUGUAA